ACCAUGGAGCUGCAUCACUCUGUCUGCAUCCUGCUGGUACUUUGUGUAACAGGGACUGUAAAUGGAGGAAAGAUCUUAGUGUGGUACACUGAGGCCAGCCACUGGAUUAACAUGAAAACAGUGCUGGACACGUUGGUGGACAGAGGACACCAAGUAACGGUCCUGAUCCCGAGCGCGUCCAUGUUCAUGAACAGCAGUGAACCCUCUCGCUUUCAGUACGAACCCUUCAAUGUGUCAAUUUCACUGGAGGCUUUAGAGGAGUCUCUAGAAGAGUUCAUUAACUUUUCCAUGUAUGAGAUCGAUUAUAUGAACUACUUUCAGGUUUACAGGAGAUAUAUGGAGCUCUUGAGUCUCGACUUGCGGAAUUCCCUCAAAGUCUUGGAAGGUGUGGUGAAAUCAGAAAUCAUCAUGAAGAGGCUGAAGGAAGGAAACUAUGAUUUGCUCCUGGCUGAUCCCAUCUACCCCGGUAGUGAAUUGACAGCAGACAUGUUGGGGAUCCCUCUGGUCUACUCCUUGCGUUUCUCCUUGGCUCAUAACUGGGAAAGACUGUGUGGUCAGCUACCUGCUCCACCUUCUUUUGUCCCUGGUGCUAUGAGCAAACUAACAGAUAAAAUGAAUUUCUCAGAAAGAGUGUGGAACGUUCUCUUUUAUGUCAUGCAGGACAUUGCAACACAAAAAGUUUGGUGGAACCAGAUAGAUCAUUUUUACUCAGAAGUCAAAGGAACACCCACCAGUGGUUGUGAAUUGAUGGGUAAGGCUGAUAUCUGGUUGAUGAGAUCCUACUGGGAUUUUGAAUUUCCUCGUCCGUUCCUUCCCAACUUUAAAUUUGUUGGUGGAAUUCACUGCAAACCUGCUAAACCUUUACCAAAGAAAAUGGAAGACUUUGUGCAGAGUUCUGGAGAUGCUGGUAUUGUGAUCUUCACUUUGGGAUCCAUGAUCAAGAACGUCACCACAGAGAAGGCAAACACGAUAGCCUCAGCCCUGGCUCAGAUUCCACAAAAGGUACUGUGGAGAUACAGUGGAGAAAAACCAAAACUUCUGGGUUCCAACACCAAAAUUUACAAAUGGAUCCCUCAAAAUGACCUGUUGGGUCAUCCUAAAACGAGAGCUUUUAUCACUCACGGUGGAACAAACGGGAUUUACGAGGCCAUCUACCACGGUGUCCCCAUGGUGGGAAUCCCCAUGUUUGCUGACCAACCAGAUAACAUGGUACAUGUGAAGUCCAAAGGAGCUGCAGUUAUUCUGAACCUAAACUUCAUUAAAGCAGAAGACCUCAGAGAUGCAAUAAAAACCGUCAUCAACCACAAAUCCUACAAAGAAAACAUGAUGAGACUGUCCAGAAUCCACCACGACAGACCCAUGAGUCCUCUGGAUGAGGCGGUUUUCUGGAUCGAGUACACCAUGAGAAACAAAGGAGCAAAACACCUGAGAGUCCAGGCCCACGAGCUCACCUGGUACCAGUACCACAGCCUGGAUGUCCUGAGCUUCCUCCUCAUUAUAGUUUUACUUCUCAUGUUCAUCUUCAUCAAGACCUGCAGUUUCUGUUUCCAGAGAUGCUGCAGCAGAAAAAAGACCAAGAGAAAGGAUGAAUAG